AAUGCAUCAACGUAGUUGCAUACUGUCGCUCAGCGUUAAUGGUUGCAUCUUUAUAUAAGCAUUUUUAUAUUUCCCGCGCUAACUUUUUGUUAAAGAAAAAACAUUCAAAAUUGCGUCCUUAAAGCAAACGCGCAAAAAGCUCACAUCCUUCUGCAUGUGUGGUCCGGCGCAUAGGCGUUUAUUCUAUCACAUACGGGAAUACCAAAUGGCCUCCUCCACCAGCGAGCAGGAGACCGAAGAUGAAAUCGAGCCGAAAAAAGAACGUAAACCAUUGGCUAUCGAAUUGCCCGACAAAAUUUACCAAAUAAAUCAGACUGACAAGGAUUUGCCAACUUCAUUGGAACAGCUCACUGUCCACGAAGAAGAUGCUUGGUGGAAUCAAAUGCCUUUAACGAAUUUGGAUUUAAGUUCAAACGCUUUGACACAUCUAUCGCCAAAAAUUGAGAAUCUCGAAACAUUGACCACAUUGACGCUGCACGACAAUUUACUAACCAGCCUUCCUAGAUCCAUAUGCAGGUUAGAGAAACUAGUGCGUGUGAAUUUGAGUCGCAAUAAGUUGAGAGAGUUGCCUGUUGAUUUCUACUCGUUACCUGAGCUACGUUACUUGAAUAUAUCGUACAAUGAAUUUGAAGAAUUACACCCCGCUGUCAGCGAUUUGCACAUGCUGGAAUAUUUGGAUGCUUCACAUAACUCACUUACGGGGCUACCGAAUGGAAUUGGCUUUCUGGUGCGCGUAUCUGAGCUUUUACUCUCACAUAACCACAUAAAAGAACUGCCCUCCGAUCUGGUGAAUAUGCGUUCAUUGCAAAAAUUGGAUCUGAAUCAUAACGACUUGAUAGCUUUGCCCGAGGAUAUGGGCAGUUUGCGCAAGUUGUUAUGUUUAUAUCUGCAGCACAAUGACAUAACGCAAUUACCCACUUUCGAGGGCUGUCAGAAUUUGCAGGAAUUAUACGUUGCCAAUAACUUGGUUGGGAAAUUACCGGAGAGUUUUUGCUCAAACUUGCCACAUUUGAAAAUUCUCGAUUUGCGCGAUAACAAAAUUACGAAAAUUCCGGACGAAAUUUCGCUACUGAAAAAUCUCAUUCGGCUCGAUCUUACCAAUAAUUCCAUAAGCAAUCUGCCCCUGUCGUUGGGUUCAUUAGCGCAUUUAGUUAGUCUGCAAAUCGACGGUAAUCCCAUCAAGUCCAUUCGUCGUGACAUACUUCAGUGCGGCACAAAUCGUAUAUUGCGUACAUUGCGCGAACGUGCGCGUGCUUCUGGCGAAAAUCAACAGCACCAUAAUCAAGGCGAUAGCGUUUCCCUAAACUCUGCGUCAUUGUCGUCGACAACUUUCGUACAAAAUAAUACGGAUAAAAUGGGUGCGGAUGGUUUGAAUAGUCCACGUCGUCCGGCUGGUGGUUGUGAUGAAGACACAACAUUUCCCGAUAAAUACAAAAUGAGAAACACGCAUACAUUAAAUGUGACCAUGCAGUACUUGUCCACAGUGCCUGACGAGGUGUUCCAAACAGCCGCUGAAGAGCAUGUCAGCUGCGUGGAUUUCUCUAAGAAUCGUUUGGAAAAGUUGCCAGAUGCACUUCAUCUUCUUAAGGGCAGCGCCAGUGAGUUGGUGUUCUCCAACAAUCAAAUAACCAAAGUGCCGACAUUUUUGUCGCAAUUCACACGUCUUACUUUACUGAAUUUGUCAUGCAACCAACUGACCGACCUGCCAAAGGAGAUGGGUGUUCUGAACACCUUACGAGAAUUGAAUAUUUGCAAUAAUCGCUUUGACCACUUACCGACCUGCCUUUAUCACACGCAAAACCUGGAAAUUCUACUGGCCAGCGACAACCGUAUUAAGCAUAUCGAUGCAACACCAGAAGGAUUGGGCGCCUUGAAGCGUCUAACUAUUUUAGAUCUGCGCAACAACAACAUUGAGCAAGUGCCACCCGUACUUGGUAAUCUAACACAUAUUGCUACAUUGGAACUGAUCGGGAAUCCCUUCCGACAGCCACGCCAUCAAAUACUUGCCAAGGGCACCGAUGCCAUCAUGUCGUACUUGCGUGAUCGUAUACCAGCUUAAAGCUAAGCCAGCGAGCGGACUUCUUUCUUUUAGUGUACAGCGUAACAUUAGUUUUUUUUGGUAACGAAAUGGCAUGUGCUUGUUGUUGGUCGCGAAAAAUUUUCAAAUAGCUGCUUAUUUUAUAUGAAAAUCGCCUAAGCUCUGUUAAGUCAUGCGAGCGUCGUGGUAGAACGUAGAUUUAAUAGCGGUUGGGUUGAUUUAGUUUUGGAAUUUUAUUUGUGAGAACAAAAUACGCAAUAUUUUCAUGCAUAUACAUAAUACGCUAUAUAUAUAUUUAAUGUACGCCUAAUCAAAAAAAGAAAAAUAUAUUUUUAACGAUAUUGCAAAUUUGAUUCCGUCUCUUUCGCCAGAGUUAUGGGAGCAAAUUCAUUUUUUUAUCUUUAAUAUAUACUAACUACCUUACACUAGUCAUUAUGUACAACAUACAAAUUUAAAUUCAAACAUAAAUUUAUAUCGAAUUUGUUUAAAAUAGAAUUUCUAAAAUUAGAGACACCGAAAAGAUGCAAUAAACUAAUUUUAAACUCGCUAAAUAUAAAACAAAAAAAUUAGGAGCGAGUAAAAAAGAGAGAGACAGAAGGUAUUUAACUUAAAAAGCGCUCUUAAAAAACCUGUUGUAAACUUUGUAGUACCGUACACUGAUAUUAAUAAAAGAAAU